CCUUGCACCAUCUUUAAGCUUGAGACGAGCGCACUACGAGUCGGUGCUUCUCUUUUCUUUAACUUGUCCUCUCGUCCACCACCAAAGCCAAUGGCUUCUCUGUUCAAAGAAAUUCCUUCCAUGUCAACUCUGCUCUCUGCCUACGCCUCAAUCUCUACCUUGUCCAUGCUCAUCCGUACAAUCGUUAACGAAAUGAUCCCGAAGCGUAUGCGGGAUUUCAUCACCACCAAAUUCUCUGAUUUCUUUUCUUCCUAUUUCUCUUCGGAUUUCACCUUCAUCAUUGAAGAUCGCUGGCAAGCUGUUAACAGCGAAACUUUCCGUGCUAUUGAGGUAUAUCUUCCUACCAGGAUCGGUCCCUCCACCAAAAGCCUCCUCCUUGGCAAUAAUGACAGUAACAAUAUCACUGCUCCACCCAAACCAGGCCUUCCUGUUGAUGCUAAAGUCAUCGAUGACUUCCAAGGUAUGCGCCUGGAAUGGAUUCUUCGUGAGAAAGAAGCCAAGAAGUAUUAUUUUAGGAACAGGCGAUUCUUCGAGUUGAGUUGCAGGAAGAAAGACAGAGAAAGAGUUAUAGAGAGUUACUUGCCUCAUAUUUCUAGCACUGCAGAAUCAAUCUUGAGCAAGCGCGAGACCCUUAAUCUUUACACUUAUGACCAUGAUGGUUCCGUGUGGGAAUCUACUGUUUUCAAGCACCCAGCUAGCUUUGAGACUCUGGCUUUGGAACCUGACCUUAAGGAAUCUAUCGUACGAGAUCUUGACUUGUUUUUACAACGCAAGAAGUACUUCCAGAGUGUCGGCAGGGCUUGGAAGAGAGGGUAUCUUCUGUAUGGUCCUCCUGGGACUGGAAAAUCUACUCUUGUUGCUGCUAUUGCUAACUAUCUUAGAUUCCAUAUCUAUGAUCUCCAGCUUCAAGGUGUACGGAAUGAUAGUGAUCUCAGGCGUAUACUCACAUCCACCACCAAUCGUUCCAUCCUUCUUAUUGAGGACAUUGAUUGCAGCACCAAAUCUUCCCGUGCACGCAGUCGCAGUCGGAUCCCCAAUAAUGAUGACAGUGACGAUGAUGACCGCGAUCAAUCCGAUGACAGAGUUUCUUUUCAUCCUGGGGUAACAUUAUCAGGCUUAUUGAAUUUCAUUGAUGGGCUAUGGUCAAGCUGUGGAGAUGAGAGAGUAAUCAUAUUUACCACAAAUUACAAAGACAAAUUGGACCCAGCAUUGCUACGCCCAGGACGCAUGGAUGUUCACAUCUACAUGGGCCAUUGCACUCCAGCAGGCUUCAAGAAACUUGUUAACACUUACCUUGGGAUUAAAGACCAUCUUCUCUUCAAAUGCAUUGACGACCUCAUUCAAAGGAUAGCCAUAACCCCAGCAGAGGUAGCUCAGCAACUUAUGAAGUGUGAAGACCCUCAAGUUGCACUUGAAAGCCUCAUGGAGUUCAUCAAUAUGAAGGAGAAUCAGAUGGAGAAGAAUGAAGCUAAAAGAGAUGAAGAGGUCAUCAAACAAGAAAUUGUUAUGCUUGGAAAAGAUGUGAAAUUGGGUGAUAAGCAUGUUGAGGCUGAAGAGAGGUGUGUUUACUUGACAUAAUAGCCAUUUGGCCUUCUAUGAAUAAAUAUCAUUUUACCUC